AUUUGCACGACAGAUGUAGGCUGGGCGAAGGAUCUGAUGCCUGGUGCUGCGUGCUGGCUGAUGUCUGAAAUCUUUUCUUAACCAAUCAUAAACACCAUACCAUAUUCACUAUGCUUUAAGUCAGAACCCCCCCCACUUUCUUUUCAGAAAGAAACAUGCUCUCUAUGUUACCAGCGGAGCUGCUGCUCUCAAUAGCAAGCUAUCUUGAUAGCCAUACGGAUACUCUGCGGCUCGCCUCCUGUUGCCGUGCCUUCUAUCCACUUUUGUUACCGAAAGUCUUUACAUCGCUCGACCUGAUAGAGCAGCGCAAUGGCCACUUGAGUCAUCUGGUGCACACACUCGCAUUCAAGCCGGCAUUAGCACAAGAAGUGCGCACUUUCCGUGUCUCCCAUGGCUGGCGGCCGACUUCCGGCGUGCGAUAUGAACAGGAGGUUAUCCUGCCAGUUCUGAAAUCAACCCUGGGGCCCGACGACAACCUAUCGACAUGGGAGUGGGAACUACAGAGUCGAGGGAAUAAUGACGCAUGGACUGUCUUGCUUCUGGCCCUCUUGCCUAAUCUGGAGAAUCUGGUCCUGCAGGUUCAUGAAUUUUCAAACUAUACUCUCGAGUGGAUGGUCAGGAUCGCCGAAAAAGAAAGCUCUGGUUUGUCUAAAUUAAGACACUUCACAGUUGUAUGCUCUGAUGUAGAUGGUGGCCUCAGCUCAUCGCACUUUCUCCCAAUACUUCGACUUCCCUCGUUACGAAGCUUUUGUGGCCAUAUGAUAUGUGAUGGUGGUAGCUCUGAUGAGGAAUAUGCCGAAGAUCAAGCGUUCGAUGCGGCCAGCUACGUGCCUGACAAUGUUCGGUACUCCAAUGUCACUCAUAUCCACCUCAAGUCCAGUUGUUCUCGAAGAGGCUUUGCGAAUUUGAUCAGCGCACCUAAGAGCCUCGAAUCUUUCAUCUUUGAGCAUUCCGAUAACACGAAUUACCCGGAUGAUGAGGGAAUGUACGCGUCGAGAUACUACCCACCAUUGCAAAGACAUCAGGAGACCUUGCAAACGUUAACACUGACUGAGAAGUACACCAACAAUUAUGCCGCUUACCAGAUUCACGACUAUGAUUACGUCGGAUCAUUCGCGGGAUUCAGUGCGCUGAAGGAACUCCGGCUGCAGAUAUCUCAUAUCCUAGACUGGGACCGAGGCUGGAGUGACCUAAAUAAGACAUCAAGGAAUAGGUUCAGUGAUGUUUUGCCUCUAUCGCUGGAAAGCCUUAUCCUUGAUGGUCUAGAGACAGAGCAUAUAACUGAAAUAGCUGAGGCGUUUAAAGACCUGCUCUUAGGAGGGAAGUGCCGCUGCCUAAACCUGACUUAUUUAGAGAUCAAGGGAAACUGGAUGCAUGUCCAGCAGUCAACUGAGGAGUCUAAUGCUAAACCUCGUCCUAUACCUGCCAUGUUAGAGGAGUUUGCGGACUUCAAGGUGGAACUUGAGUUGUUAUGUUCGGCUGCAGGAGUUGGGUUUCGUCUACGUGAUUUGCAUGUUGAGGAUAUUAUCAAGCAGAAUGGUUUGUAUGGCUUUUGGAGUGAUGCCCUGUGACUGGGUAAUUGGUCACUAUCCGCCCAAUAGUAGGAAGAGGUACUAUGCUUCAAAAACUCAUGAACGCUGAUGGGAGUCCUCCGCAACUAACGAAAGUUAAUUAUUAGAGGUCUAUGUUUGUAUGUGCUCUAGUUGUUCCAGUGUGGGAGCACAGGGCAACAGUAUCAUAAUAAUGGGCGCUGAAACACGCAGCCUAAAUGGCCGUGGAUGUGAUGGGAUGAGAUCGUUCAAACAGGCCCCACCUACGUAAAUGCCCGUAGACUGGCGACGCCAAUUGAAUAGGCAUAUCUGUGUCUUGGCGGAUACUAGGGAGGCACUUCGUCGAUCUACGAUCUCGACAAGCCCACUAAAAGGUGGCCUAAUGAUGGAUAAUGGGAUAUUGGUUGCUUGUCGUCUGAAAUAGCAAGUUGCAAAUAGGCUUCAUAAUAAAAUGUGCUUUCAAGGGCAAGUUCUCUUAUCGGCAACAAUUUCAUUCCAGUAUCUGUAUAUAUGAAAUAGUUUCUGGUUGGGACCUGAGGGCAUGCACGACUACGCUUGAUAUAGAGAAGGUCUCUUGGCUAGCCAAUCUUUUCAUUCUAACCCUGUACCGUAUUUAAACAGCAGAGUGUGUUGGAGGUUUG